GCUGAUGAUUUAAAAUAAUAUGUGUGUGUUUGAAUAGUCUAUUUAGUUGUAAUAUGAUCUCUCUUCCUCUAUACACAUAGCCAUGUCAUUCCUUUCCCAAAAAUAACCCAAUGUUCCCCUACUAAUUCUUCACUGAGCACAGACACAUGCUCCCACACACCACACUUGACUGACACUCAUGCUAUAUGAUACAGGCGAGUGGUCAAGGGAAAAAAAUGAGGUCACAACUACGGGACUCCCUCAUGUCUUCUUCUACAUUCUAGUUUAUACUGUAUUACAGACCAAGAUAUAUUUUAUGCAUCUUCUCUGAUAAGCAAGUGGAAUUAUCAAGUGGAACGUGUUCCAGCAGAUAUAAAUUGUACAGGAGCAUACCAGGACUAAACUGAAGUGGGACACGAGCCAGUCGAUCAUUCCUCUGUGGUAUUUUCCACAUAUUACAUACAUCAUCAUGAUGUCUGAUGAAUACUUGGUGGAGUGCAAAAUAGAUGACGAUGAUGACAGUGACAUUGACUAUGAUAAAGAUGUGAUGAAGAUCCACACCACACCAACUCCACCUCCACAGUUCUGCUCUAGCUCCCAAGUGUCCAUAAGCCAUUGUGAAACCAGAGACCCCUAUGGGAUCAACAACCACUUGAAGAUGGAGUUUAGUGAUGUUUUGGCAGAGCCAGCCUCUCCAACCAGUUACGAACGUGUUUGGGUGUACAGUAGCAUUGGGUUUGAGUCAGCACGAAUCUGGAGUUAUCGUUGCAUCACAACACUUUUUGCAGUCCCAGUUUCCUUCCUUUCUGGCUGUCUUUUUGCACUGAUUGCCUGCAUACACAUCUGGUGUGUGAUGCCCUGUGUACAGGUGUGCCAUACCUGUUUACCCUGUGUGCAGUCCCUAUGGAGGAGUGUGGUGAAUAUCUUCAUCAUGCCAGUCUGCAUGUCUGCUGCUCACUGUUGUAGAAGAAUACAUGUAUUAUUCUCUAAUGAAUGAGCAAUAAUAAUGUACUAAUAACCUAUUUCAGGGCUUGUUUAGAGAAAUUUAAAUUAUUAUCAGAAACUUUAGAAGAAUUUCAUAUAUAACAAUAAUGUUAUAAACAUGUAUUUGUUUUA